GUUGCGGGAUCCGAAUUGGACGCCGGGCGCAGGGUGGGUCUAGUUCCCGACUGGAGCUGUAUGGACCUCAUGUCGAUGUUAUCAAGCAUUCCGAGAAAGACGAAGGCGAUGGCCGUGAGAGGAGUUGGUGCAGCUGUUUGAAACGUCCAGGCGAGAGAAAUUGACCGUUUUCGCCGAUGGAGGAAAGAAUUCGCCGGUAUUAAAACGCAGCCCCGGUUUGGAAUAACUUGGAAAGGGGGGAGAGGAUACCGACACCCCUAGGAUAUCGAGGGAGUGCUUCUCUUGUUUCUUUAUGGUUUUUAAAAACUGGGAUAGUGAUAGAAACGCGCCUGGGAGAACGGAUCACUUUUGCAUCGGUAAUUAGGAGAGCACUGCCUCCUUGGAGCGAGCGGCAGCCGCAUCUGAACCGACCGGGGGGAACAGCCUACUUGGAUGGAGAGGGCGCAGUGAGGGCUGAGAGAGCGGCUUGCCGUGUGAAGGAGGGGACGGAGGGAGACCGGGCAGUUUGAAGGGACGGGGAGCCAGGAGCGGCGCGGCGGCUCCAUGAGCGGCUCCUGCCGGGACAGAGCGCCCAGAGCCCAGCCGGAGCGUCUCCACCGCCGCGGGUAGAACCCCGGGCUACAGGACGGCGGCCAGUUUGGAAGUUUUGAUGCAUAUGAUCACAACCACCAUGAUUUUUAUGAUUCUUGGUGCUUCAGUUGUAAUGGCGAUAGCCUGUUUAAUGGACAUGAACGCACUACUGGAUCGCUUUCACAACUACAUCUUACCGCAUCUAAGAGGGGAGGACCGCGUCUGUCACUGCAACUGUGGAAGGCAUCAUGUCCACUAUGUAAUCCCAUAUGAUGGGGACCAUUCCUUGGUGGACUCAUCAGAAAACUACUUUGUGAGUGACAGUGUGACCAAGCAGGAGAUGGACUUGAUGCUGGGGCUUCUGCUGGGCUUCUGCAUCAGCUGGCUACUGCUGUGGCUGGAUGGAGUCCUCCACUGUGCCGUCAGGGCCUGGAGGGCGAGCCGCUACUACGAUACCCCGUCCUGGUCAUGGCUGCCCCAGUUCUGCAACCUUCGAGAUCUCCGUCGCCGAGCCCAGCUCAGACAGCUGGAAGACUCCAGUGGCAACAUGGUCCACAUUAAGCAGAAGCUCUACCACAACGGCCACCCUAGUCCUCGCCACCUCUGACUCUAAAAAACAAAAUAACAAAAAACCCUACACCCCCUUCCCUAAAAACCUUCUUCUCUCCUCUCCAAAACUCUUUUAUUUCCCUUCCAAAACUACCCCUUGGCCAACUGUUGCCUCAGAGACCCUGGAAAACUGCCCUCCCACUGUUCAUAACAUGGCCCCCUUAAAACCCCAGACAGGACUUUCUUACGACUAAACCCGGCCCCUGUCAGCACUAAAAAAAUCCCAGAAUGGAGCAAGAUGACGAUUAUUUGUUGCCACUGAAAUCUUGUCUUAUGUCCAUGUCCACCACUGUGGGAGGAGGGAGAAAAAAAAACAUUUUUAAGGGUGUUUUUUCUGUAUAGAGACAUUUUCUGUGUUCAUUGUUAAACUUGGCAUGCUCUUUUAGAACAGGGUAAGAUGUGGGCAGUGUAUGGAACGGGGCGGCAAGACAGGUGUCAGGAUAUUUUUUUUCUCUAUUGGGUGGGAGUGGGACUUUGUUGGCGUGGGGAGGGGAAAA